AUGUCGACGGUCUGCAAUCGCUUCUGUCCGGGACUAGGAAGGAGUGGAAAGAGAGCCAACAGCAAAGAAAACUCGGCUCGCGUUCAAGCAGCUAUUCGUUCAGAUUUAGUAUUAAUAGCGGUAAAAAAUCGUUGGAAAAUUAAAUGGAAUAAAAUAGAAACAAAUAUCCGUCAUACUGCUGUUAUAUUACUCCCAUAUUGUGAAGAAUAUUUUCCUAACAUAAAAAUCCUCUUAAAAUUAUUUGCUACGCUUUCAGUAUCCAUAGCAACCGCUGAAAAGUCAUUUUCUACCUUAAGGAGAUUAAAAAAUUAUAAGCGCUCUGCAAAGACUGAAUCUAAACAAAACGAUUUAGCUCUAUUAAAUGUUUAUAAAGAUAAAUAUAUUGAUAUUGACAUAGUUGUUGAUCAAUUUGCUAGAAAAAAGAAAAGAAGAAAGCAAUUAGAGGACUGGUCGAUAUAA